GACCAACUGUGUCCCACGAUGCAUCUGUCACUAUAUGCCAAUUCGGGUUAUUUGAGUGACGUUUCCACAAUCCACGCUAUUCGCUUGCAUCAGUAAAGACUCACAAUACCGGCGUCUUUUAGAAUUUGCUGCGAAAUCCCAUCUGAUUACAACAAUGGAGGACACUUUCUUCAAGGUGAUAAUACGUGAUGCAUCAUGGGAUGUACGCUCGGAAGCAAAACGAUUUGGCACUCUGUUCCAGUUGUUCAUCGACCAGCGGAAGCCCACGGAAGUGUUUAUCAAGUACAAGAACGCAAAGGAUGCCGUACGUGCCCGGGCUAGCUUGGCAGUGAACGAGAAUGUGGAACGUGUGGAAUCGUUGAAGAAAUGGGAUAUACGACCAAAGAGACCGACGGAAAACAAGAAACCGGACGAUAAUGUUUCCGUUUGCAGUAGUGCGUCUGCUGGAAAUGUUCAACACAGGGGCCCGGUUGUAAAUGGUCCGCUAACGUCCGAACCGAUGCCGCUGAUGAUGGGUAUGUUCAACAUGUGCACCGUUUGUCGCAAGGGUGGUGCCUCAUUUCAAUGCUUUGUCUGUGGCACUUACUAUUGCGGAGAGAUUUGCCAAAGAAACGAUUGGCCAUCGCACAUCAUGCAAUGUUUACCGCGCUUGGUACGGGUGCAAAGUGGUUUUGUACCUAUUGAACCACAAUUCAUGGGAUUUCCAAACGUGAUGCAAUCGUUCGGAAGCAACAAUUUUAACAACAACAUCAACAACGGUCCCGUACAGGCUGCCCGUAACUUGAAUGUGCCGAAUCAGCCGGCAGGAAACAAAGAAAACGGACCGAAUCACAAGCAGUCGAACAAUCAGCGUCCGGCUAGCGCAAAACCGUCCGAUCAGCUGUCGAAGAAGCCAGUCGAACAAAGUAAGCCAGUAUCGCCCACAAAGGUAACAACUUCCUGUAGCGUACCUACGAACGUGCUAAAGAAUUUGGCCCUUCAACGUCAUCAGGAACAGGAACCGGCAGUAUUGGCAAAAGUGCCGGUAGCACAGGUAACCAAAACCGAAGGCACCAUCUCGAAGGAAACGUCCAAAUUGGCCAAACGGGUGCAACAGAAGAUGGCAGUGACGAAGCAAGAGAUUCGAUACGGUGCAUUCCCACGGGAGGGCGAAUGUGUGAAAAUUUCCUACCUUACCGGCAACAUGCUGUACGUGUACAGAGCUGGACAGGAAGCGAAUGGUCAACCGAACCGUUACCUGGACUUUGUCAAACGCUCUGUACUAUGUGCCCGUGACGUGAAGGAAGUGCUCCAAACGGCACCGAACGUCAAUGACGUAGUGUUUGCUCCAUUCGAUGGCGAUUUUUACCGUGCCAUAGUAAAGUCAAUCGAAGGUACCAAGGUGGUGGUGUUUUUCCCGGACUUUGGUAACACGCAGACAGUGGAAUGGAUGGAAAUGAAAGAGAUUCCGGACAAGGCGAUUCAGUACGGUAUGUGCUACACACACGGCGUAAUGAUCGACGGUGUGCCAACGUUCUCGCGCCUGGUUCAGGCAUUUUUGUCCGAGCUGCUAGAGAUGGACGAGUUCACAUUGGUUAAAGUGCGCGAUGAAAAGCCUGUCAAGGUGGUUGAUCUGCGCCAUGUGCAGGAACUGUAUCAGCUAAGCGCAAAGCUGCUUGAAAUUGCCAAAAAGGAACAGGAAAUGGAGAAACCGGCUGUUGAGAAACCGGCUGUUGAGAAACCGGCUGUUGAGAAACCUGCUACUGAGAAACCUGUAGUGAAAGAAACUGCUGCAACAGUUCCGGACCCGGCAUCGUAUGUUCCGGUUACAGCUGAGGAUUUCACCGAGCAUGAUCUGCCGAUGGGCGAAGUGCUUCAUUUGAUGAUAGUGGAAGCAUCGGAAUUGACCAUUUCCAACCAGAUAUCGGUGAUACUGAACUCCGACAAUGCGGCAUUUGCUAAGGUGAUCAGCGAAUGUGAGCGGUAUGGCAAUGCCGAUCCAAACCCGUACCAUCCGGAAAGUGAUCAUGAAGCAUUUCUGCUGCAUUUCGAUAGCAUCUGGUGCCGCGCAAUGCUCGCUGCCAAUAACGACGAGAUGCAGUACUAUCUGCUCGACCUUGGUCUCAUUCGUACCCUGAACGAGAAGCCCAACUGUCGCCGAUAUCCUGCCGGUAUGACGCGCAAAAUUUUCGUCUGCGAAUGUUUCGUUGAAAAUACGGAUGCGUUGGGAAAGAUAGCCCCGACCGGUGGUAAUGAGCAAUUGUUGGGCAGAACGCUAAAAGCUACCAUGUCCUUGCAGGAGGAUGGCGGCGAUGAGGCUAUGCGUUUGAAGAUUCAUUCGAUGGAUUAAUCGCCCAAAUCAGUUUGCCAUGAUAUUACAUACCAUGAACUAUUACUUGUUUACACAUUUCAAUAUUUUUUUUUUAAAUUACACACUAUUCACCUUUUUUCGAUUAACAUCACUUAUCAUUUAAACAUUUUAAAAUUUUCUUUGAAAAAUUUUAGUUUCUCUGUAUUGCAUUGUCUUUGAUGUAUUCGUUAGAGGUAGAAAUUAAUUGUACUUCUUUUACGUACGCUACGUUAGUAAACGCCAUGCGGCCGCACACGCGAACAUGGUUAAAGUUAACCGCGUACACGAAUUUAUAUUAAAACUGACAAGCAGUAGUACUGAUGCAAACAAUAAUGCUUCCGAAGCGAAUGCGCCUGUUUUUAUAGCCUCUAAGUUGAUGAUACUAUUGACACAGCCGUUUUCGUGAGGUGUUGAACCAUUCCUACGCGUCGUUUCUACGGUUGGUUAAAAUGCCUUAAUAAUAAAGUACCGUUCAAUAAUGAACCUACGAUACGCAA